GUGUCGUUCCAUCGCUUUGCCGCCCUCCGAAUCACUUUACUUGAGCGUUGAGCCAGCCUCUUGAUCCCUACGACAGCUUCGCGCGACGACACCCCGACCACCCCGACCACGUCCACGUCCACGACCACAACGGCGCCUGAAACCCUUCGACCGAUUGAUCCUACACGAGACCAUCCCCAAGAUCACCGCCAGACCACCGCCAGACCGCAACCGGGUCGAGAAAAUGUCGGCCGAUAACUUCGUCGCGCCCGGCCAGCAGCGCUACCUCCGCGCCUGCAUGGUCUGCUCCAUCGUCAUGACCUACGCCCGCUUCCGUGACGAGGGCUGCCCCAACUGCGAAGAGUUCCUGCACAUGGCCGGCUCCCAGGACCAGAUCGAGAGCUGCACCUCGCAGGUGUUCGAGGGGCUCAUCACGCUCGCGAACCCGAAACGUUCGUGGGUCGCCAAGUGGCAGCGCCUCGACGGCUACGUCCGCGGCGUUUACGCUAUCAAGGUCUCGGGCCAGCUGCCCGACGAGAUCCGCAACACGCUCGAGGAGGAGUAUAGGAUACACUACAUCCCGCGCGACGGAACGGAGACGGAAGUCGACGCUUGAGAAAUCUCGAGACAUCGAGCGGUGCUUUACAUAUCGGCGUUCGGGGGGGAGGUGUUAAAGAAAGGUUGGCAACGGAGUCAGGGAAGACUCUCUCUUCGUCGGAUGGAAUCGAUCAGUUCCCAGUGGUAUCUAAAACAAGAAAAAAUGCACACCCAAAUGAUUGCCCUUUGCCAAACCACCCGUUUUGACGUGAUAAUGUGCCUCAACCCAAACGCCGAUCGCUCCCUC